CACAGCCAUUAUGGAAAGAGUGCGGAGAAAUAGUUUGAAAAACUAGAAGUAGGUCUACCAUGUGAUCCAGCAACCCACUAUCGAGGAACUAUAUCCAAAAAGAUGAAAUCGGUAUGGCGAAGACCCAUUUGCUCUCCAUGUGUGUGGCGGCACUAUUCACAACAGCCAAGAUGUGAAACUCCUGUAAUGAGGUACUCAGGCACGGCGGAACGCUAUUCAGCCGAGAUAAAGUGAAACUCCGUCCAUCAUCUGUGGCAAAGCGCUUGAGACUGGUGGACAUGACCCUAAGUGAAGUAAGUCGGGCAUGGAAAGAGAAAUUCUGCAUCUUCUCACUUAUAUGUGAAAGUAGGAGAUGGGGACUUGGUCUGACAACACUGCGGGUGAACUUGAACUUCUGUGUUCCACUUGGAGUUCAGCUUCUGAACAUAGUCCCAGGAAAAUAAGGGAUCAACCCAAGAAAAGGAAACUGGGUCGACCAAGGAAGCAGAGAUGGUGGGAAGCCUCCGCCAAGCCAUCAGCCGCUGGUGCACGUAGAUGCUCAGAUGUGCCUUGGUAGCUGCCUGUCUGCAGGGCCACCGCCUCUGAGCUUGUGCGUAGGUGCCCCGUAAGACAGAUGGCACAGCAUCAGGAGGAAAGAGCUGAGCCCCAGCCGGGCGCGGUGGUGCACGCAUGCAAGCCCAGCGGCUCAGGAGACUGAGACAGGAGGAUCGCAAGUUCAAAGUCAGCCUCAGCAACUCGGCAAGACCCUGUCUCUAAAUAUUAAAAAGGUCUAGGGAUGUGGCUCAGUGGUGAAGCGCCCCUGGGUUCAAUCCUUGGUACCAAAAAAACAGAAAAAAAAAAGCUGGGCCAGUGGAGGGAGAAAAGCCUGGUCCAAACCUGGCCCCCCGUCACUUGCUGGCUGCGCCCUAGAAGCUGCGUGGACGCGCCUCCCCAGCUUGGUUUCCCCACUCGUCACAGAAACCUAAUGGCGCCUUCCAUAGGCAUCGGCUUGAGGUUCUGUGCCUCUGAAGAGCUCGGUGCAGCCCUGACACUCAGUCGUUGCCCGGCCAACAAUAACGACGGUCAUUAUGAUUAUCAAUGCCAUCAGGAAGCCUGACCCAGCAUGCUGGCCUCCUUGCUAUGCCCGAGGGACACUCUCACGACAAGCAUCCCGACAACUGGUCCAGGACUUGUUGGCAACACUGUCCACCCCUCUGACCCUCACCCAGCCCUGCAAUAAUUCUUGGCCCUCGGCGCCAAGUCUGCUUCCCUGGACAGGACCUGGAGCUGCUGCGUCCCUCGGCCCUGUGUUCCCCAGGGCUCUGCUCCUCUUGGCCCCAUGCCAGGUGCCUCUAUCUUGUCCCACAGCUCCACACUCCACUGCAGGCAGGUCACACUAGCUGCCCAGAUCCACAUCCAAACCCAAGUUUGGAAGUUGGGAGUGGCACAUCAUGACAUUGGCAGGCUUGGGCAUCAACCAGAUGUAGGUGUGUCUCCACUGAGCUGCUGUGUGACCUCAGGCAGGUUUCUUGCCCUUUCUGGGCUGCAGGUUCCUCACCCACAAAAUGAGAAUAAUAAAAGCAAUUGCUGCAGAGCAAAUGGUCGAAACUCCUGGGUGCGUGACAGCCGUCAUUGCUCUCCUAUUGACAAACACACCUCAUUGUUCCAGGAAGCAGCCUCUAAAGAGAGGCUCCUGGGUAGAAGAUUGGCUUCCCAAUCAGCAGGACUGGAGUCAGGAGGGCGGGAGAGGCAAGAGUACCCAGACAGGGGUGAGGCUGGUGGCCCAAGGCCUUCUCCAGACCUCUCUGGGGCUCAGGGUCAACCUCUCUCAGUAUGGCCCUGUACUCAAAGAAAUAAAAGACAGGACGUUAAGUCUCGAGAGGUCCUGAGAGGUCAGGGGGCAAAGACAGCCGCACUGUUAUGGACUGAAUGUUUGUGUCUGCCCCAAAUUCACAGGGGAGUGCUCGCUCCCAGUAGGAUGGUGGAGCUUUUGGGACUACGCAGGGCUAGACAAGGUCAUGAGGGUGGGGCUCUAGCGUUGGUGCUGUCAUGCGAGCUGAGAGAGACCAGAGCUUUCUCCCCACGCGUUCUGAGCACAGGCCACCAGGGAGCCCUCGCCAGGAUUCGAACCAACUGGCGUCUUGAUCUUAGACUCUCCAGAACUGUGGGAAGCCUCACAGUCAGUCCAGGCCUACAGCAGGCUGACCGGAGCCGGGAGGGAGCCCGGGCCAGUGCUCUGCCAUCCAGCUCCGCCCCAGCCUCCUAGAGGUCUCUCUCUUUAACCGCUAGUGUCGGGGCUGGGGUAAGCCCAGUGGCCGAGUGUUUGCCUAGCACGUCUAAAGCCCUGGGUUUCAUUACCAGCACUACAAAACAAAACAAAACAAAAAAACCAAAAAUGAAAGUCACAAAGCCAAACCAAAAACCAGCUAACAUUUUUAAGUGCCCACCGUGAACCAGCCCUGGGCAGAAAUGUCCACACCGGAUUCAGUUAAUCCCCACCCUCUACCAAAGGUUCUCACUCACCCAGGGGACUGUGAUGCCCACCCCCGGACACUGGACAAUGUCUGAAGAUGUUUCAGUUGUCACAUCUGGGAGUAGGGACACUCUUGGCAGCCACUGGGUGCAAGUCAGGACUCAGCUCAGCACCUUCUGAUAUUCAGGACGGUCCCAGGACAAAGAAUCAUCCACCCGCAGAUGUCAAUGUGCUGCAAGCCUCUGACCUGGGUAUCUCCGCCUCACAGGUAAGGAAACCAAGGCCCAGGUGGGUCCAGAGUCACACAACCUGCAAGUAGCAAUGAAAGCACUCCCUCAAAGAAUUUCUUGGAAAAUGUUCAGAUAUAUAGAAAGAACAGAGAGGGAAGGCCCACCUGCCUUCCAUUCAGUCAAUAAUCUGUCUCUUUGCAUGUGUGCGCAUGCAUGUGUGUGGAUUUUAUUUGAUUAUUUUGAGCAGGAUCUUACUAUGUUGCCCAGGGCUCAAGAGACCUUCCUGCCUCAGCCUCCCAAUGUCUGAAUGUGUACCACACCUGGCUUGGGUAUUUUUUUUUUUUUUUAAUUUUUUAGUUGUAGAUGGACACAAUACUUUUAUUUAUUCAUUUAUUUUUAUGCUGUGCUGAGGAUCGAACCCAGGGCCUCACACGUGCUAGGCAAGUGUGCUACCACUGAGCCACAACCCCAGCCCCUGUAUUUUAUUUUAAUAAAAUUUACAAAGUGAGCUAUAGAAUGCAUGGUGUGACCUCUCUAUGUAUCUCAUCAGGUUUCCUAAGAACAAGGAUAAGUAACCAUAUUCCCAGGUCCCAGGGAUACAAUUGUGUCCACAAUAUCUCUCUCCCUCCUUGCGGGGAGAUGGACGGUCCUGUGAAUUUUAUCGCAGAGCGGCUCCUUUGCCUCAAGCCCGCUACCAGCCCCAGGCAAGCACCGAUCUGCUGUCACCCCGCAGUUGUGUCUUUUUGAGAAUGUGGUAGAAAGGGGAUCAUAUGACCUGUGGCCUUUUGGAUCUAACCUUCACGAAGAGCAGCUCAGCACAUCUGAGAUUCAAGUUGUGGCCUGGGUCAAGAGUGGGUCUUUUCUUCUUGCUGUUGCUGAAGAAUAUUCCCUUGUGUGGAUGGACUCUGGUUUGUUUUACAUUCAUCCAUGGGGGUACAACGGGGUCAUUUUAAGCCAUUGGUGAUUAUGAAUAAAGUUACUAUCAGCA